AACAUCAGCCGGCUGCGAAAAAUCAAUGACGUCUUCGGAGUUAUACGAGUGCCUCGAGAGGCCUUUCCCUUUCCACCAGUAUCGCAUCCGGAUUUCAAGCGCCGUACCUCCCACCGCCUCCAAAGCCGUUCUACUAUCGCUAUCAGCGGACCGUUGUGGAACCGCUAUCGCUCCGCUUUGCCAGUAUAAAUUCUCGUCUCAUUGUUGCUUUUUCCUUAUCAAUAUCGUAUUUGUGAAGUGCUCUGAUUUGGUGUCCAUUAGGCGGGAAUCACUUCAAACUGACGGCGCAUUCGAUAAGCUCUCCGGUGGAAGGUGUAAAGCGAUCUGGCUGCAAGCUAGUAGUUGAGUUUAAUUCUGAUCUCUAGAGUGCGUGGUUCAACUUAAGCAGUGAUAUGACGGCGGAAACAAACACGGGUCCAAUGAUCGGCCAGCGCCAUCUGCAGGCCUUUUUACUCUUUCUGUCGAUUGUGGUCAACUACAUGGCCAAGUUCAAUGCUGGAGUGGCUGUCGUGGCAAUGACGAACGCUGAGAAUACCAACCCAGACUUUCCGGAGUACGACUGGAACGAAAUGGAGCGCUCUUACAUUCUGUCCAGCUUCUUCUGGGGCUACAUCUUAACGCAGUUCCUGGGUGGAUGGCUCUGCAGGCGCUACGGAGCCAGGAUAACCAUGUUUGUGUCCACUAUUGGCUCAGCCCUCCUGGCUUUGCUUCCCCCCUGGUGCGUUUCCUGGGGCGGAUGGCAGGCUUAUUGCGCCAUCCGGAUGUCCAUGGGUCUGUUCCAGGGCUUUCUGUUCCCCUGCAUCCACGCCCACCUGGCCAACUGGUGUCCAGUGAACGAGCGGAAUCGGCUGGGAGCUCUGGCCAACACGGGUAUCGAUUGCGGAACCCUGGUGGCCAUGUUCGCCAGUGGACUACUGGCAGCCUCGAGCGUCGGAUGGCCCGGCAUCUUCUACGUAUCCUGUGGCGUGGGCGUAUUCUGGUGCGUCAUCUGGUGGAUUUUCGGAGCCAACACCCCCAGGGAGUCAAAGUUCAUCAGCGAGGCGGAACUGAACUAUAUUGAGACUUCGAUCAACUCCAGUCGCAAGGCGGAGGAGGCGGAGCAGAAGGCGACUGGAAGAAUUCCGGUUCCGUGGAAGGCGAUUUGGACCUCGGUACCUUUCUGGGCCCUGAUGGUCACCAGAUGCUGUCAGUCGUGGGGGUACUCCACCCUGCAGACCGAGAUGCCUGCCUACAUGAAUGGAGUACUAUUGAUGGACAUGAAGAGCAAUGCUCUCUACUCGGCCCUACCUUACCUAACCUCCUGGAUUAUGGCCUUUGUCUACCUGAUCAUCGCGGAUAUCCUGCUGACCAGGGGCAUUAUGACCAUCACUGGCAUCCGCAAGAGUGUGAAUUCGAUGGCGUUCUUUGUGCCUGCUCUCGCCCUGAUCGGAGUCAGCUUCUUGGACAGUAACCAGAAGACCCUGGCCGUGGUGCUGAUGUGCGCCAAUGUGGGAAUCAACGCAGGCUCUACAAUCGGCAGUACCAUAAACACCAUCGACCUGUCACCGAACCAUGCUGGAAUUCUUAUGGGAAUUAUUAAUACGGCAGCUAACGUUGUGCCUAUUCUAACGCCACUCCUUGUGGGAAUCAUCGUCAAGGAUGAUCACGAUCGCGAACAGUGGCAGAUUGUAUUCAUCAUAUCCGCCGUCAUCUUCUUUGUGGGCAACAUAAUCUAUCUGGCCUUUGGACAGAUGGUUAACCAGCCUUGGGAUGCCCCCGACUUCAUGGACAAGCAGUUGUCGUCCAACCUACAAGAAGAAGGAAAUUCAAAGGCUUUGGAAGCAAAGCAGAGCGAAGCAUUGGAGGAAUCGAAGCGUAAGGAAAGCGCAGCUGGCCUGGAGAUCAAUGCUCCCAAUAAUGAGUAGAAUCUUAACAAGAACGAAAAUUUAGAUCAUGGAAAACCAGACUAACUAUAACUCGAGAAUACCUCAAAAUUUAACUUACGGCUGGUCCGAAACACUUUUUUAUCAAGUGCUUUUAUUCCAUAGUCAUAUGUCUUCCCAAUGAGUAAUUUAAGUUGUAA